UGAUGGCCCUUAAAUGUCAGAAGUCACGAAUGAUUAAUGUUAUCCACAUCGAUGAAUUUAAAUUUUGGGGAUGUCCUCGUCAUCUUGCUACGAUGACUCGCCAACUGAAGCUUCAGAAGACGGACAUACUGAGGAAAUAAAAAAACAUAACAGCGACGAUGAUAAAACAGUUGUGAUCACCCAAACGAAGGUUAUAGCUCGUCGUUUUGAGUCUUGGCACGAGAAAUUCUUGAGUUACAAGGAAAUACUCGAUUAUCUGGUGAAAUUGGGAGAAUUAUAUCAACAUAAAUGUAUCAUCGAGCGUUUGGGUUAUUCAAAGGAACAGAGGCCGAUUUGUUUGGUCAAGAUAUGCUCGAACAGGCAUAGACGUCCACAGAUGAGUGUACUCAUAGAAGCUGGAUGUAAUGGAAUGGAAAAAAUGACCGUUUCGUCGGUUUUAUUCUUGAUCGAUUACCUCGUCAAAAACGACUUCAAAUUCAUGGUGGAAUACCUGAUAAUACCUUGUUUGAAUCCUGAUGGUUAUGAGAAAUGUUUGAAAAAGAAGAGGUUGCCGAAAAAGGACCAAGCUGACGUUGACCUGACCAAAUGCUUUCCUAUAAGAUCGGAAACGCCUAGUUUUAUGGCUAAUAUGCUAGACCCUUCUCCUGACACACCGCCAAAUUGUUCGCUGUUAGCGAAAGUUGUUGAACAAAACAGGAUAAACGUCAAGUUGUUCAUAUCUUUACAAGCGUCAGAAAGUUCUAUCACUUAUCCAUUAGAUCAUUACUUCAAGGAAGUUUAUGACUUUGCAGUAGCUUGUAAAAAGUCCAUGGGGUGGGAUUCUCUAGAUGUUAAGCCUAUAGUACCUGCCCUCACCCAGGAUAAGGGAACUUCCGUAGAACACAUCAUAAGGAAUUACAACCAGACGGUGAAAUUUGCAUAUCUUGUGAAUGUGCACAAUAAAAGUUUUGUUCCCGAAGAAAAAUUUAUACUGACCAAAGGUGAACAAACUCUUUGCGGUAUACAAACGUUGACAAAGAGGGUUUAUAGGUAUUAUUACAAACAGAGAUCGAGGUACAAUGUUCAAACUGUUGUUAAAUUGCUGGACUCUACGGAAUAAAAUUCAAAGUUUGAAUUA